UUGUGAGAACCACCCGUCGUCGUCACAUUUAUCAGAGCCUCAUAUCUGUAAAGCUACUCAUUCUUUGUGGCAGUUUAUUGCGCAGUGUAGACACGUUGGCAAAUUCUUCAUUCGUCCCAAACUGUUGUACAGUCAGACAGUUUAAUUACACCAUUCCCUCUUCGAACGCAACCAUGUGCGGUUCAGACAUCUUUCUUGGGAUUCUCGCUAUUUUCUUUCCACCAGUUGCAGUGUGGAUUAAAGUAGGCAUCUGCACAGCCGACUCGAUCAUCAACCUUGCACUUUGCUGCCUAGGCUACGUCCCCGGUCUUCUACACGCAUGGUACAUCAUACUCAAGUACCCCGAACCAGACUAUGAUGACCCGAACUACGAGCCCAUUCCUGGCCAUGCCGACGGGAGACGGGACACUGAAAGUGGUCGUGUGACAUACUAUUACGUCUCCCAUCAGCCCAUCCAGCAUCCAUCCCAGAGAGGUUAUGGCACUGUAUCACCGCAAAAUCAACCAGCGCCGAAUCCUGCUCCUCAACCUCAGCAGCAAGCUCCCAAGCCGCAUCAUGAGGAAGGACAGGGAGGAAGCAGUGACCAAGCUCAAGGUGACUCCCGGCCACCACCAACCUAUGCCGAAGCUGUCAAGGGAGACCACAAGGUGCAGACGCACGACUGAAUGCUGGUGAAUAUUUACGACAGCAGCUUAUUGCCGAACGGUGGACCGUUUUUGUCGAGGGCUCUGUUUCAUCUAACUUGCAAGGCAUCUAUUGCGUCUGAGUAAGAUGGAUAUGCUUUAAUGUCAUGCUUCAUGAGGACUUAACGAAUAAGGGUUGUUACGUUAUGAAUUGAUACCACCACGUUGAACCGAGAAAACAGGAAGGAAAACAAUAUAUUACAUCGUCU